AGUCACAGAAAUUAAGCUGCGACUCGAAAGGGAGAGUUGUGGGCUACUUUUUCAUUGACUCUAUUUAGGAGUUAACGUAGAGCUGCUAAAAAGUUGAAAGAAAAGGGAACUUUUGUGACCUUUGAUGCCUGGAAAAAUGUCUGAUUCUGGAGUCAAUCCACACCUGGAGGGAAUAAUUUCAGAUUUUGAAGCUCUGAAGAGGUCCUUUGAGGUGGAGGAUGUGGACACUUCCUCUCACCUCUCCCCCGGCUCCCGUCGGACAACCAAUUCCCCUCACCGCAACGCCAUGUCUCCCACCAGCAUCUACUACCGGGACCUGGGCACUGCCGCCACAGCAACCAACAACAACAACCUCAAUUACACCCAGCCCCGCUCCAUCAUGGGCGGAGGAGGUUCCAAGACCCCAGAGCCUGUGUCACGCCGAUCUGAACUUUCCAUCGAUAUCUCCUCUUCCUCCAGCAAGCAGGUGGAUAACGUCACCAGCCCCUCUUCCCAGCGCUUCGCCACCAGCAGCGCCCUGAAACGCCCCGAAGUCCUCGGCCACUCCAAGACCCCGAGAUGAGCCACAAGAGGGAGGUGACUUUUGCCAAAACACCCAAUGAUUCGCCGGUGAUCCGCCGCAACGAGGGCAACAAUAACAACAAUGGCACCAGCAGGCCCCCCGAGCAGAAUCACACUCGCAAGUUUGAGCUCCCAGCCCUGGAGAUGUCCGUAAACCUGAAAUCAGCAUCACCAAGGCACCGCCUGAAAACAACGGCCACCACCCAGCAGUGCACCACCCACAUCACCCCAAUCCUCACCACAACACCAUCGUCACCACCUUCCGUUGCUCCUCACCCAAUCACGCUGGGAGGAAAUCACCUAUGCAUGGGUCUGAGGUUAAUCUGAGCCACACCAACAUGUCUGAGUCCGCCAAGCCCCACCACCCCAUCCCACAGGCUAAAGGGGAAAAGAGCCACGGCAAUGACUUCAGCUACGUGGGCAUCGACGCCAUCCUGGAACAGAUGAGGAGGAAGGCCAUGAAGCAGGGCUUUGAGCUCAACAUCAUGGUUGUGGGGCAAAGUGGUUUGGGAAAGUCCACCCUGAUGAACACCUUGUUCAAAUCCAAGGUGAGCCGUAAAUCAGCGCAGCCCAACCCGGAGGAGAGGAUCCCCAAGACCAUUGAAAUCAAGUCCAUCAGUCACGAUAUUGAGGAGAAAGGAGUGAGGAUGAAGCUGACAGUGAUUGACACUCCGGGCUUCGGGGAUCAGAUUAACAACGAAAACUGCUGGCAGCCCAUCAUGAAGUUCAUCAACGACCAGUAUGAGACGUACCUGCAGGAGGAAAUCAACAUCAACAGAAAGAAGAGGAUCCCAGACUCGCGGGUUCACUGCUGCAUUUACUUCAUCCCCGCCACGGGCCACUGUCUUAGGCCUCUGGAUGUGGAGUUCAUGAGGCGUCUCAGUAAGGUGGUCAACAUCGUCCCUGUCAUCGCCAAGGCAGACACACUCACCCUGGAGGAGAGGGACUUCUUUAAACAGACGAUAAGGGAAGAGCUGCGAGCCAACGGGAUCGAUGUUUAUCCUCAGAAAGAGUUUGACGAGGAUGCAGAGGACAGGAUAAUCAAUGACAAAAUCAGGGAGAUGAUCCCGUUUGCUGUUGUGGGCAGUGACCAGGAGUACCAGGUGAACGGGAAGAAGAUCCUGGGAAGGAAAACGAAAUGGGGCACCAUAGAGGUUGAAAACAUUGCGCACUGUGAGUUUGCUUACCUGCGGGACCUCCUCAUCAGGACACACAUGCAGAACAUCAAGGACAUCACUGGCAGCAUCCACUACGAGACGUAUCGUGUCCGCCGCUUAAAUGAAUCCAACGCCCACUUCAGCUCGCACCCAUCCGAGCGCCCCGCUGUUCAGCCUCAGGCCAAUGGUCAGCCCGAGGAGCAGCAGCAGCAGCAGCCCCGCAUUGUGCAGGCCAACGGAGUGGCUGCACAGCAUGAAGCCCUCACCCACGAGAUGUAGAGCCAAUUAAUGACAUCAGAACACAGCCAGGCACAAAACAUUGACUCACACAUGCAAUCUGUAUACAUAAACAAACGUCAAGUACAUAACAGUCAGGCUUUGAAGCCCCUUUUUUGUUUUUGUUAACAAGAAGGACUUUCUUGAAACAAAACAAAACAAACUACCUAAACACAGCUUUUAAUUGAUCAAGACAAUACACAAUACAACAUAUCUCAACAUGCUCUUUCUGUGGUAUUCAAGUCUUCCUUGCAGAUCCAAAUAUUGUACAGAAAUCAACUGGUUUUCUUCCCCAUCUGCCGACUGCUUAAUGCAAUCUUCAUCCAGCAUUGUUUACAAUAAACCAGGAAAGAUGUCAGGUCAUAGAUAAACAAAGUCAAUGCAUACGUGUCUCAUAUCCGAGCUGCGGCCGCUGGUUUUAUUUUUAGAGCAUUCACUGGCUGUCAGUAUGCAGGGGAGUGCAGCAGCCCUGCUAGUAUGAUGUGAGGAGGGGGGAGAGGGGGGGAUCAGUGAAGAAAUGUAUGUUUGUUUUGAUCAGAAUCUAUUAGGAUGAUGGAAAAAAUUGAAAAAGAAGCAUUUUUGUGGAGAGAAUACCUUUGAGGGUCUUGGGAUGACGGACAGUUUGGAGCAUGCAGGGCUGCCCAGAUGAGGAGACAUGAAGUACAGCAUAUCAGAUCAUACUAGAUUAGCUCUAAACUAGGACUAACUGUUAGUGCCACUGGCCUGGUCUGCUUUGUGUUGUGGUGUAUAGUUUUGUAUAGAUAUUCUAGGGUAAAUAGGGAUUAUUAGUUCAAAUAUACCAGGGGAGGUAAAGGUAUUGUAGACACAUCCGCACUGCAAAAUAAUACAAGAAAAGAGAAAGCAGUAGCAAUGUGGAGCAGCUUUUAGAGAAAUGAGUCCUCUUGUCAUUUUUCCAUUGUGUUACAAUGUUUUUAAAACUCCUUGUUGCCAAAACAUCCCGCCUCUUCCGAUCGAAUGCCAACGUUGUGUAAUACAGUCAUACCUUGCAUUUUACAUUGCUCAUUUAUUAUUGUAUUUUAAAUGCUGUUGUUCAUGUUUUAAUAUUAUUGUAUAAGAUGAGGGUUGGGGAGGAAUCUGUGCAACUGUUGCAGCUUAUUGUCCUUUUUUUUUUUUUGACUGUAAACCAAAUAAAAUUCUUUUUUUUUUCUGUUCUAAAGAGAAGCACAUACAGUAUAUAGAGUCGAUUAAUGAACAGGUAUUUAUGUGUUUAAGUGUAAUCCGUUUAAUUCAGCUUUCAUUCCAGAGGUUUGUCACAGGUCGCUAACAGUGAUGAUCUUUAGCUUUAGGCAGUGUUUGACUUUCUGUUACCAGCAUUAAUACAGUAUAUUUGUUUCUGUUUGCCAUAGGCUGCACUAUAACUAGCACCAGGUGUUUGCCUGCUAUAGUGUGAGGGUGGUCUGCAUUUUUUUUAAAUUGAUAAAUGGUAGUUUCAACCAAUCCUGCCAAUAGAUAAUGGUUAGAAAUUCUCCCUAUUCGUUGCAAACUUAAAACAUUUUGUUCGCGGAGGAUGUUUGACUGCAGAGAGAGGACGACGAUCAUACCCAAAAACUUAAAAUAACCAACACGAUGCAGCAGUUUGCUCUUCAAAAAAAUGUGAAUUCAUGGAAGUCUUCGAAAAUAUUUUGUAAAGGCUUAUUCCAAAUUCAAAAUAUUCUCAUUGUUUUCGAACAAAAUAGCGUAAUGCUGCCCCCUGAAGUCCAAACGAUGUAACAUACACAUUUACAGUAGAGAUAAAACUUCCAAUAAAACGAGCGUUCAGCUGUCUUUAUCAAGAGAAAGAUGGGAAACAAGAAAUGUGUGUUACUCUUUGUUCACUGUUGUAUAGUUCUUGUGUAAUCUGUUAUGGUAUUAUAGACUAAGGUUCUAUCUUUGAUAUGCCAUCUUCAAGAAUAAAGAUUGAUAUUUUUAUUGUUUAAA